AUGGCAACUUUGUCAAAGCUUAUGUCUUCAUCUAUGCAGGCUGCUCUCAAGAAAAUGCAGGGGGAUUUGAAGACUACUGACUGUUCAAGAUGCAUUGAAAGCGCUGUUAACCAGAUAAGUUUAGUUUGUCCAUACUCUUACGGUGCUGCUUUGCAACUUGAAGGUUGCUAUGCAAGAUAUGAGCAUAACGAUUUCUUGGGAAGGCUUGAUACGAGCUUGAGAUACAAGAAGUGCAGUAAAAGUGUCAACAAUGAUGUUGAGUUCUUUAAACGUAGAGAUGAUGUUCUUGCUGACUUGCAAACAGCUAUGGGAUUUAAAGUUAGUAGUUCAGGUUCAGUAGAAGGUUAUGCACAGUGUUUAGGGGAUUUGAGCUCAAGUGAUUGCUCUUCUUGCCUCGCGGACGCUGUUGGGCAGUUGAAGAAUCUAUGUGGAUCAGCAGCGGCAGCAGAUGUUUACCUAGGUCAGUGCUAUGCUCGCUACUGGGCAUCUGGUUACUACGAUCUCUCUUCAGAUUCCUCCAACGACGAUGAUGUGGGGAAAACGAUAGCCAUUAUUGUUGGUAUACUGGCAGGUCUAGCCAUCCUAAUCGUUCUCCUCUCAUUUUGCAGAAAAACUAUGGGGCAUUGGCUAAAUACUAGGGAUGGCAAUCUGAUCCAUCCCGACGAGGUCCCAUCCUACUCUAUCCCAUCCUACUCUAUCUCGUUCGGGACAGAGAUGGUAUGCGAAAUACGUCCCAAACAGGACAUGGGGCAGGGACGAGGACAGCCCAUUGCCAUCCUUGCUAACGAGGACAGCAACUUGCAUGACGAUAGCUUGUGGCUUAUACUACCAGAAAAAGGUUGA